AUGGUUCAUGGAUUCUUCCCUCAGCUCGUUCCGAAGAAGCAGAAACUCUUCAAGUGGUUCUCACCACUAUGCAGCCACCGUCUGACUCGCGCGGACAAGACAUAUUCUUAUGGUGACUGGUCUUUCUCUAAAAAGUUCUCUUCAAAAGCUACUUGGAAUCUCUUGAGGGAGAGAUCCCCUGUUAUUACAUGGAGCAAUCUCAUUUGGUUCAAAGAAGCAGUUCCUAGAUUCUCCUUUGUAUCUUGGAUGUCAAUACUAGCAAGGUUGCCUACAAGGGACAUGCUUAUCUCAUGGGGAAUGACAGUUCCGGCAUCUUGUCCCCUGUGUUCCACGGGUCUUGAAUCACAUGCUCACUUGUUCUUCAGCUGUCUGGUCAUUGUCUACAGCCUCUGGAGAGAAAGGAACCAACGUAUCUUCCGGCAACCUUCCUCCACCGAAGCUGUGAUCAUCAGCAGAGUUGACCGGUUGAUGAGGGAUCGCCUCCUAUCACUUCUGCCGCCUUGUGAGGGCUCUGUCUCCUAUCUGCAGCUGUACUUAUCUUCCCGCUCAUUGUUCCCGCCGUAG